GUGCCGGCCCCACGGCCUCAGGCUUAACCCUGGGCGGCAGGGACAUCCACCCACGGUUGCUCGGCCCGUGGCUCUUCUGUGCCCCUCACGUGCUUGUUAGGCACUCGCAAGCCAGGCCCUCGGAGAACUUACAUGGUCCGCGGACACGAGGGAGAGCGUGAAGGACGUGCUGUAUUGAGUGGGUUGUCUGGCUGGGUCGGGGUCUGGGUGCUCUCUGAGCAGGUGACUGAAUCCCGUGUCUGAAGGGAGGGUGAUGCCGUCCCAGGCCCUGGGUGGAAGGAAGACGGGGACGGCUUGUGCUGGAGCUUGAGGGAAGUGGAGGGGUGGUGGUGGAGACCCAGCAGGAGGUGGGUCAGCAGGGUUUUCAGAAUGAAGGGCCACCCCCAAGCAAGAGUUAUUUGUGUUCACUAUUUUGGGGUGGUCUUUCCCUGGGGGAAGAGCUUGUCAAAGCCACGUGGCACAUACCUCAACCUGGCGGAUGUCCAGCCUGACAGGGGAGGACUGGCCCAGACGACUGUCACCUUACAGAAAGCCCCCCUUCCGCCUUCCGACCCUAGGUUUGAGCCUGUGGAUGGGCUGUUGCACAUGCCCCGUUCUGUGCCCCUUCUGCGUACCAGGCCUGAGCUGGGAGUGGGGUGUGCACUCCUGGACGGCCUUUUGAUGUGUGGGGUAAGAUGUUCUCAGGAGCCGCCCUCUUCUCCACACCAUGGCAGUACAGACUCAGGAACCCAGGUUGGCUGGUGGCCUCUGGAGGGGUGGGCAGUGCCUGGGCCCUGUGCCAGUCCCAUGAGGAGGCAAGCCAGGAGCUCUUCUUGCCUGUGCCUCGAUGGCCAGGCCUCCACUUCCUUAGAAUGGGAGAUGGUUGCAUGUUCUGGAGGCUGCUCUGGGUGCAAGCUUGCUGGGCUCCAGGUGUGUGACCCCACCCUGAUGCACAGAGGCACCUAGUGAAGUUGAUGCUCUGGAUGACACGGCCUGGCUUCCUGCCCUGAGCAAGGUCUCGCUGCCCUUGGAUGAACCUGACCCUGGGCGGGCCUCCUGCCUUCUUCGCUCCUGGGCGCCAGGUCCAGCUGUGGGGUUCAGCACCCAGUGGCCACGCGUACUGGGUGAAGGUUUUCAUGAACAGAGGUUUCUCGAGGGAGGUUACCAUUUAGAAAAGGAUGGAUGGAAAGAACCCCUCUGGCGUGCCGUUCACUGGGUCUAGGUUUUUGGGAGCUGCAUGCAGGAGUCCUGACACUGAGCGUUGACCGGACCCUGUGCUGGUAUGUGAGGAUGACACGCGUGUUGGAAGUGGGCAGCCACAGGCCUGUUUCUCUUGGCUGUUCUGCAGCUGCGUGUGAGGCCAGGAAGUGGUAUGAGUGGCCAGGUAGAGAAGGCCAGUGCAGGGGAGGGCGUUGUGGGGUAGGGUGGAUGCCCAAAUGGGGCCAGAAUGGAACUGACAUGAAGCAAUUGUUUGUUGAGCCAGGGAUGGGUGGCAUGGUGUCUAGAACAUCAGGGUGUACCUCCCCAACAGGCGCCAGGGCAGGGGAGCAGCUGAUGGGAAUUUGAGCCACAGAGCUUCCCCUGAGAGGUCAGGAAGGGUCACUCCCAUGCACAGCUGCACUGCGUCUGGACGUGCUCUUCCUGUAGUUACAUAGCCACGUUCCAAGUGCCGGUAGCUACUGUUCUGGACAAGGGUUCUAGAAAGUUCUGCUGAGUGGUGCUAUCUGGCCCGGCCACACAGCAUCUGCUCACAUGAGCCCAGGGAGCCAGGAGAAAGCUGCUGCUGGCAGCGGGGGUCGGGUCACAGGCCGAGCCCAUAGGCCUGACCCUUGGGUGGACGGAAAGUCUUGGAGCAAACCCAUCGCACACAUGGCUGCACUGGGGUGGCAUGGGGUACUGGGCCACCUGAAGCGUGUCUGAACGAUGGCAGGUGCCCUGCAGGAGAGCAGAGAGAGGCAGAUCUUCCCGGAAACCAGGUCAGAUCCUCCAGUGGCCUUCUGCUGUGGGGGGCCCAGCCCUCGCAACGUGGACUUGAAGCCCUGAAGCCAGGAGUGUCCUUGGCAGGCCGCUGCCAAAUCCCUGCACUGGCACUGGAAGAUAUCUCCCAUUCCAGUGGCCGUGGAGUGCCUUGUCACCUGCACACACUUGAAUCCUACACCUGCCCCGCUGUAGCAGCUAGCGCAUUCCUUCUGCGAGUCCUGCGUGAGCACAGACAGCACUGAGUGCUAGGCUUGCUGGGCGCCGGGAGAGGUGCAAAGGCAUGAUUCUCUCCUGCCAACUCUAGCCAGAAACAAGGAUUGUCUUUGCGUUUCCACCGCCCAGGCCACAGGCUUGACCCCUGGGAGGAGGUGUUGGAGCCCUGGGUCCUGGCAGCUGGGAAAGGCUCUGUCUUCGGCCGCUCCUCUGGUGAAAAGUGUUGGCAUGCCCCCCAGAGUGGGGCUGGGGUGCAGCUGUUGUCCUUCUGGGUCCCCGUGGGAGUACUCUUUGCUCUCAGGUUCGCAGAGCCUCCGUUGUCCCUGCUGCGCACGCCCACCUGUUGGUGGGGUUGGGAGCUCCUGGAGUUGGACAUUGGCAUCUCCAAAGAGAGUGUGUAGACUAACUCCCGCUUUUACCAGACGAGACGAUGCGCAUGUGGCCCUGCUCCAUGGAGAGCCUAACCUGUACACACUCCAUGCAGCGUCUGCUCCCAAGAGCUCCUUGGCGAGUGUCCUCCUAGGCUCCUCUGCAGGUGAAGGCCCCCCAGAGGAGAAGGCCCCCCAUGUGUGCCAGUGUCCCUGUUCCCGCCCUGCCCUCAGUGCCUGCUGCAGCAUGGGGUGGACCAAGGAGGCAGGUCCUGGGUGACACAGCUCCUGUUGAGAAUGGGGUGGGAAGCAGGCUCCAUGGGGCUGUCUGGUGCUGGGUGAGUUGGGGUGGGGGGCCUGUCAGUCUGGCAUUCCCAAGAUGUGUGGGUUGGUCUGGUGGCCUCUGUUUGCUGGGCUGCCCCUCUGUGGAUCUGGGGCAGGGUGUGUGUCUGUGGCCCAUUUUCUCUCUGUAAAUGGGAUGAACAUCUCUGUCUUUUGUGUGGACCUGGUGCGGGGGGCCUGGGAAGACUUCGUGACCCUCAGAGCUCUCGGCAUCUGGAGUUGGUCUGUGGUUUAGCCUGCAGGGACUUGCAGGCCCGGCCCCAUGGGCUGAGCAGUACCCCUCCCAGCAGCUCCAGAUGGAGAGUGAGGCCACUGGACUGGCCACUGUGCCCUGUGGGAGUGGGACAGAGGGUGCCUCAAGAGUGGCCCUGCCUGGCCUACGAGCGGCUCGCGCCUUGUGGAUGUAGUGGUGGUGGUAGUCUGGGCGCACCUGCUUGAUUUGGCUUCCUGAGCUCACCUGUAGGAGCCUGUGCUGGCCGCACACUGCGUUGACGUUGGUGUGUGACAAGCACAGACUUUCCCGCUGUUCUAACCUUGCUGCCUUUCCUUCACGCUGCCUUAGGAGCUUACAGCAAAAGUAAGUACCCACCUGUCUCUGGUUUCUGUUUGCUUGAGACAGGGGAAUGUUCCCCCUCCCUCCAACUGCCAUCACAGAUGGGGCAGGCACUCAGGCCUGCCAGGUGCCAGUUCUCUGCUUCUUGGGCCAUGGUCUCCUCAUCUGCAGAGGCCUGGCUAGGGUUCCCUAGCUCUGACAUCCAUGGCGGUGUGGGCUCUGCUCCCUGGGCAGUGGGGAGCUAACCCUGAUGCCUCUGCUGGCCCAGGCGUUUCUGUACCACGGACGGGGUGCGGGCCUGGGCAGAUCUCGGGACUGCACUCUGCCCCUUGCUGGGGACACGGGGGGCAGGGCAUGUCUUGCCUUCGGCUGCACUGCAGAGUGCUGCCCUGAAGAACUUUGGACAGCUCCUCCCAGGGAGGCUGGGAGUGCUAGGCCAGUGAGCCUCUGGGCCCAGCAUGGGGGUGAGGGUCCCGCUGCAGCCCAUGGGGGGCUGGAAGGAUUGGGACUUCUAGGGCUGGGAGCCUGGCAGGAGUCCCUCUGAAGGCUUGAGGCAGAAGAGCCCAGGGGCGGAUCACCUGCUGUCCCCAGCAGGGUCUGUGGCCCUUGGCUGGUGGGUGAUGUCACAAUGGCUGGCCCCCUGGGCUCCGCUCCUGCGUCCCCCACAGCCUCUGCCCCAGGUGCCCAACCUUGGUGAGCAGGGAGCUGCUGCUGGCGGGAAGGGGAGUUGGGGGAUCCAUGGGCCCUUUCUGGACCUCAUGUGGGACGUGACAAUUAAGAAGUCCAUUUGGGGGAGCUGGAGCCACUAUUUUGGGGGGAUAGAAAAGGGUGGGAGAGCCAGCAGCCAGUGCUGUCUAAAGAGGCCCUCUCUGGAGCCCUUUGCCUGGGCCAUGUAGGGUGCCACAGGGAGGGAGAUGUGGGCAGAGCAGGCCUAAGCCACUGCGAGGAUCACCUUGGCCCCAGUCACCUGCAUGGCCUGACCUUGCAGCCUGUUCUCUGUUGGGGGCAGUGGCAGCUCUGGGCUUGGGAAGCUACCUGGCUGGCUGGUCACCUGCUCAAGGCUCCCCUGCAGCCUAGAGCAGACUCUGUGCAACCAGAAAGGGGUACACCCAGGGGCCAAGAAUCCCUACUGAGUGGGGAGCAGUGUCUCGGGGGGCUUCUGAGGCAGUUCCUGGGCCUGGUGGCACAUGCAGGAGUAGGAGAAGCAACAGGGUAAGGACUGUUCCCCGUGGGUGCUGUGGUCACUGUCACCCCCAGCAGUCCAUGGUUUGGGAUGGGGUAGGAGACAGGACUCAUUCAGAGCUGGAGGGACUAGGCGUACAGCCCCUUCUGCCCAGGGGGAGGCUGAGGCUUCAGGGCCAGAGGCUUGUCCACGGCCACAGCAGCAGGUCAGCAGAGCCAUACCUGCCUGUCCACCUGGCUCUGCACCGAAACAGUGAUGCCCUGGUGGUCCCCACACCCCCGCUGUCCCCACACCCUCGCCAUGGUCCUCUUUCAGCUCAAGUGGUUGCCAAUGUGGGUGGAGGCGGCUGGAGACACCCCCUAUCUGCCUUGGCCCUCGGGGUGGGGGCAGGCAGGCAUGACUGGGGGACUGCCCUGUUUCAGGCCCUCGCAGCUCCCUUGGAAAGCAUGUUCUCUGAGCCACAUGGGUGGCCGGACUCAGCAGGGCAGCCACAGAGGCUCGAGCACCUCACAGGUGGGGUGGCUGAGUGCUGAAAACAGAAAACACAGGUAUCUGGUCACGUUUGACUUCCAAGUAAACAACAGGAAACUUUUUAGUACAGAUGCGUCUCCGGUAUCUUUUGGGAUGUGGUUAGGCUAAAAUGUUGUUUAUCUGAAAGUCAAACCAACAGCGUAUCUGACAACGGCUUGGAGGCUCCAUGAGGAGGGUUUCGGUGGCCAAAAGGGUUUGGAAACAGCACUGUGUUUGUCCCUUUGGGAGAGUCGGGGUACGCGUUAGGUUAGCAAAUACAAGUUUUCCAGGUAAAAAAAUAUGUAUCUGUGAGUGUGCGCACACACACGCGUAUUGCGUUCCAGCGUUGCUCAGAGUCCCACGUGGGUUUGACUUCCCUAUCCCCACCCCUGCCGAGGAGACUGAGGAAGGUAUGGGGGGGUUCUGGGCUGGCUAGCUGGCCCAGACGCCUGUGCUGGCUCGCUGUCGGGGCCCAGGCUGUUCCACUGUGUUGCAACUGCCUUCUUGUGCUUGUUUUUCACGGCUGCGCCGGGAAGAUGAGGAGCAGCAAGGCCUCGUGUGCCCUGGAGACCGUCUGGGAGGACAAGCACAAGUAUGAGGAGGCAGAGCGGCACUUCUCCGAGGGCGCGGCCAUGCGAGCCGCCGCCUCCACCCAGCAGCUCCUGGCCGCGGGUGCCAUGAAUGGGCCUGGCCAGGAGGAGACCGGGGCUGCUGAUGCGGCAGAGGCUCCUGACACCGGCAGCAGGACGGACCCCGGGAAGAGCCACGCUGGGAAGAGGCUGCUGCAGAAGAAGAGGAGGCUCUCACCCCAGAGCUGGCUUGUCCAGGCCGACCUGGCCCUUGUGGGCCUCUCAGCUGACCGUGUGUGGCUGGACAAGCCGCGUUUCGACCGGGCAGAGAGCGCCUACCGCCAGAGGCUGGCCGAUGCGGCUGCCCAGCCCACCCAGCCGCCUGCCCUGGCCCCCUGGGGCCCCUGCACCCACGGAAGCCAGGUGGCCUGCCACCAUGUGACCUGGGGCGUCUGGGUCAACAAGUCCUCCUUCGACCAGGCCGAGCGGGCGUUUGUGGAGUGGUCUCAGGCCCUGCUCCUGGCUGCAGAGGGGUGCAGUGGGAAGAGUGCCCCUGACACGGGCCAGAGGCCAGCCGCCCCCAACCUGUCCCUGGCCCGCCAGCCCAGCACACUGGCCAGGGGCCAGCUGCCUCUGGGCAGCCUGCAGGCACUGGUGCGGGAGGUGUGGCUAGAGAAGCCACGUUAUGAUGCUGCCGAGCGGGGUUUCUAUGAGGCCCUGUUUGAUGGCCACCCCCCAGGGAAGGUGCGCCUGCAGGAGCGAGCUGGCCAGAGCGAGGGCUCCCGGCGUGGCCGCAGGGACCGGCGUGGCCGCAAUGCUGUGGGGACCAAGCGGAUGGGGCCACGGCGGGCGGACGGGGAGGUGCCCCCUGCCCUGCCCUACUGGUACUUCCUGCACAAAGACUCAGAGGCCACUUGGCUCAACAAGUCCGCCUAUGACAGCGCCGAGUGUCGCCACCAUGCUGCUGAGGCCCUGCGCAUGGCCUGGCGCCUCGAGGCUGCCUCCCUGGCCCACCGGCCCACUUCUAGGUCCGGCCCAUCCAUGUCCAGCCUGAGACCCAACAGGAAAAUGGCCACAGACUUCCUGGUACAUGAGAAGAUCUGGUUCGAUAAAUUCAAAUAUGAUGACGCAGAGCGCAAGUUCUACGAACAGAUGAACGGGCCCAUGGCCGGCUCUUCUCGUCAGCAGGAGAAUGGCGCCAGUGUGAUCCUCCGGGAUAUUGCACGAGCCAGAGAAAACAUCCAGAAAUCCCUGGCUGGCCUCCAGGCAGUGCUGCCCAGCCCCCCUGAGGCCAUGAGCCAGGCUGCCCCAGGGACUGUAAGCUCUGGGGCCUCCAGCGGGCCUGGCGGGGACCACAGUGAACUUGUCAUGCGCAUUGCCAGCCUGGAGGUGGAGAACCAGAGCCUGCGCAACGUGGUGCAGGACCUGCAGCAGGCCCUCUCCAAGCUGGAGGUCAGGCUGAGCACUCUGGAGAGGAGCUCACCCACCCACCGGGCCACCGCCCCUCAGACCCAGCACGUGUCUCCUAUGCGUCAAGUGGAGCCUGUGGCCAAGAAGGUAGCCACACCAGCAGAGGACGACGAGGACAAUGACAUCGACCUGUUUGGCAGUGAUGAGGAGGAGGAGGACAAGGAGGCAGCCCGUCUUCGGGAGGAGCGGCUGCGGCAGUACGCUGAGAAGAAAGCCAAGAAGCCCACACUGGUGGCCAAGUCCUCCAUCCUCCUAGACGUCAAGCCUUGGGAUGAUGAGACGGACAUGGCGCAGCUGGAGGCCUGCGUGCGCUCUAUCCAGCUGGACGGGCUGACCUGGGGGGGCUCCAAGCUGGUGCCAGUGGGCUACGGUGUCCAUAAGCUGCAGAUCCAGUGUGUGGUGGAGGACGACAAGGUGGGGACCGACCUGCUGGAGGAGGAGAUCACCAAGUUUGAGGAGCACGUGCAGAGCGUCGACAUUGCUGCUUUCAACAAGAUCUGAGCCCUGGUGUGUGUGUGUGCGUGAGCCUGCAGCCAAUUAAAGACUGAGUCCAGCA